ACUUCCGGAACGGAUUGUGUUUUGUUUUUUUCGAUGAAUAAUUCACCUUCCUGCUUAGAAGACUACCUUGUCAGGUGUGCUUGAAGCCCAUGGAGAGAAUGCCAAGAGUGUGCAAAGCAGUAAUCGGAGCAAAAGGAGGAAAUUGAAGUGAAGCCUUCCGAGCAGAACACCGGGACAGUGAGCGGGUCAUCAGGCAGUCUCCUUAUGUCAGGCCGAAACGGGUCUGCAAGUGAUGCAGACUGCCGGAUCUCAGAGGACUGUCAGGUCCCGGAUGUGGAGCUGAUGGAGCUGGGGCCGCUGCUGGAGGAGGGAGGGGUUCAGCAGUCCGCUUCCAAAGGCAUGCAUCUAGAGGGAGCGGACAUGCUGGCGGACGAGGAGGAGGAGGGUGACGACGUGGGAGAGGUCCUGACCUUGCCGCUUCAGGCGCACCACGCCAUGGAAAAGAUGGAAGAGUUUGUACACAAAGUCUGGGAGGGGCGCUGGAGAGUCAUUCCCUUCCAUGUCCUGCCAGAGUGGCUCAAGGACAACGAUUACCUCCUUCAUGGACAUCGGCCUCCCAUGCCUUCAUUCCGGGCCUGCUUCGGAAGCAUCUUCAGAAUUCACACCGAGACCGGGAACAUUUGGACUCAUCUGUUAGGGCUGAUCCUGUUCCUGUGUCUGGGCACGCUAACCAUGUUGCGGCCCAACAUGUAUUUCAUGGCGCCGCUACAAGAGAAAGUGGUGUUCGGCAUGUUCUUUCUGGGAGCUGUGCUCUGCCUCAGUUUCUCCUGGCUUUUCCAUACCGUCUACUGCCACUCUGAGAAAGUGUCCCGCACCUUCUCCAAGCUUGACUACUCAGGCAUCGCCCUCCUCAUCAUGGGCUCCUUCGUGCCCUGGCUGUACUACUCCUUCUACUGCUCUCCUCAGCCUCGACUUAUCUACCUCACCGUUGUUUGCGUACUCGGCAUUGCCGCCAUCAUCGUGGCCCAGUGGGACCGCUUUUCCACACCUCGACACAGACCCACCAGAGCAGGUGUGUUCAUGGGCCUGGGACUCAGCGGCAUUGUUCCCACCAUGCACUUCACCAUUGAGGAGGGCUUUGUGAAGGCCACCACAGUGGGCCAGAUGGGUUGGUUCUACCUGAUGGGGGCCAUGUAUAUCACUGGUGCUGGUCUGUAUGCAGCCAGGAUCCCCGAGCGCUACUUCCCUGGGAAGUGUGACAUAUGGUUCCACUCCCACCAGAUCUUUCACGUCCUGGUGGUGGCGGCGGCCUUCGUCCACUUCUACGGCGUCUCCAACCUGCAGGAGUUCCGCUACGGCCUGGAGGGAGGAUGCACGGACGACUCUCUGCUCUGAGAGGCCAGACUGUGACUUCUCCUUUCCUUUAUAGCCACACACACACACACACACACACACACAGUAAAAUGCUGCUGGAUGUCCUUCUAGUUACCUUUCGAUCCUUAUCUACGUCUAAUUUGCUCACGGCGGGUGUGAGGGUUUGGGGGAGUUAUUUUCUUUUCUUACCUUGGCUUAUUUUUGCUCCAAUGAAGUAGCAUUAACUCGCCAACAAGCACUCUGAGGGGCCCUCAACAGGGGCCUCCCUUCGUCAGUAAUAAAACUUGAAAGUUGCAUCCCCAUGUCAAGUCAGCCGAAAUGCAAGAUAGGCGAAGUCCGCCUGCAUGUGACAGGCGCUAACAGGAUAUCGUCGCCAGUAGAACCGAUCAUUCUGUCCGGGCCAGAGGAAGAAUGUACGGUCUGAUGUUUUAACGCCACUCCAGGGGCCACACGUGUAGGAGUAUGAUGUCGGUGCGGGUAUACCGGAUGUGUUAUUGUUUUAGUGCUAACAAUUGUGCAGUCUAUUACCACUCCCCGGUAAGCCCGCUAGAAAUCCUACUAAAUCACUUCGUCAUGAAGUGUGUACGCUUUUAAAUCAGACCUGGGCAAAUUAAGGCCCGGGGGCCACAUGCGGCCUGACGGAUGUUCCCAAAUAAUGUUUUUCCGAUCUUUAAGAUGGAAAGUGUAGCUGCCAUUAUGAUGUUUUCAAAUGACCAUAUGUCUUGAACUAUACCAGGCCUGGGCAAUUAUUUUGACUCGGGGGCCAAAUUCAGAGACAAAACAGUUGUAUAGGGGCCAGUAUAUCUAUUUUUAGGAACGCUAAUAAAAAAAAAAAAAACUGACAAUAUUGUCUGAUUGAAUGCUAAAAAUGUUAUGACAGAUCGCUUUAGAAAAACAUAAUUUUAAAUGUUUCUAUGAGUGAUAAAGCACUGAAUAUUGACAACAUAUGAACGUCACACCCCCUCUCCAUCCAAAUAUUUAAAGUUUUGAAAAAAAAGUGUUUGGGGGUCGGUAUAUCUAUUUUUAGAAACGCUAAUAUAAAAAAACCUGGCAAUAUUGUGUGAGUGAAUGCUAAAAAUGUUAUGAAGGAUCGCCUUAAAAAACUUUAUUUUAAAUUUUUCUAUGAGUGAUAAAGCACUGAAUAUUGACAACAUAUGAAUGUCACACCCCCUCUCCAUCCAAAUAUUUAAAAUUUCGAGAAAAAAAAUGUCUUGGGGUCGGUAUAUCUAUUUUUAGGAACGCUAAUACAAAACCUGACAAUAUUGUCUGAUUGAAUGCUAAAAAUGUUAUGAUAGAUCGCCUUAAAAAAACAUGGUUUUACAUUUUUCUAUGAGUGAUAAAGCACUGAAUAUUGACAACAUAUGAACGUCACACCCCCUCUCCAUUCAAAUAUUCAAAAUUUCGAGAAAAAAGUUUCUGGAGAUCGGAAUAUCUAUUUUUAGGAACGCUAUUAAAAAAAAUGGACAAUAAUUUCUGAUUGAAUGCUAAAAACAUUAUGACACACCGCCUUGAAAACGGAAUUUUAAAUGUUUCUAUGAGUGAUAAAGCACUAAAUAUUGACAACAUAUGAACGUCAAUCCCCCUCUCCAUCCAAAUAUUUAAAAUUUCAGAAAAAAAAGUGUCUGGGUUGUCGGUAUAUCUAUUUUUAGGAACGCUAAUAAAAAAUAAAAAAAACUGACACUAUUGUCUGAUUGAAUGCUAAAAAUGUUAUGACAGAUCGCCUUAAACGUAAUUUAAAAAUGUUCUAUGAGUGAUAAAGCACUAAAUAUUGACAACAUAUGAAUGUCACACCCCCUCUCCAUCCAAAUAUUAAAAAUUUCGAGAGAAAAAAAAGUGUCUGGGGGCCAGUAUAUCUAUUUUUAGGAACGCUAAUACAAAACCUGACAAUAUUGUCUGAUUGAAUGCUAAAAACGUUAUGACAGACCGCAUUAAAAUACUUAAUUUUAAAUGUUUCUAUGAGUGAUAAAGCCCUGAAUAUUGACAACAUAUGAACGUCACACCCCCUCUCCAUCCAAAUAUUUAAAAUUUCGAGAAAAAAAGUGUCUGGGGGCCAUAUAUCUAUUUUUAGAAAUGCAAAUAUUAAAAAAAACUGACAAUAUUGGUGUGAGUGAAUGCUAAAAACAUUAUGACAGAUCGCCUUAAAAAACAUUAUUUUACAUUUUUCUAUGAGUGAUAAAGCACUGAAUAUUGACAACAUAUGAACGUCACACCCCCCCUCCCCAUCCAAAUAUUUAACAUUUCGAGAAAAAAAAUGUCUGGGGGCCGGUAUUUUUAUUUUUAGAAACUCUAAUACAAAAUAUGACAAUAUUGUGUGAUUGAAUGCUAAAUACGUUAUGACAGAUCGCCUUAAAAAAACAUUUUAAAUUUUUCUAUGAGUGAUAAAGCACUGAAUAUUGACAACAUAUGAAUGUCACACCCCCUCUCCAUCCAAAUAUUUAAAAUUUCGAGAAAAAAGUGUCUGGGGGCCGGAAUAUCUAUUUUUAGGAACGCUAAUAAAAAAACAGACAAUAAUGUCUGAUUGAAUGCUAAAAACGUUAUGACACACCGCCUUAAAAAACAGAAUUGUAAAUGUUUUUCUAUGAGUGAUAAAGCACUGAAUAUUGACAACAUAUGAACGUCGGACCCCCUCUCCAUCCAAAUAUUUAAAAUUUCGAGAAAAAAAAUUGCCGGGGGUUCGGUAUAUCUAAUUUUAGGAACGCUAAUACAAAACCUGACAAUAUUGUCUGAUUGAAUGCUAAAACGUUAUGACAGAUCGCCUCAAAAAAACAUAGUUUUAAAUGUUUCUAUGAGUAAUAAAGCCAUGAAUAUUGACAACAUAUGAAUGUCACACCCCCCCUCUCCAUUCAAAUAUUUAACAUUUCGAGAAAAAAGUGUCUGGGGGCCGGUAUAUCUAAUUUUAGGAACGCUAAUUUAAAAAAAAACUGACAAUAUUGUGUGAUUAAAUGCUAAAAACGUUAUGAAAGAUCGCCUUAAAAAACUUUAUUUUAAAUUUUUCUAUGAGUGAUAAAGCACUGAAUAUUGACAACAUAUGAAUGUCACACCCCCUCUCCAUCCAAAUAUUUAAAAUUUCAAGAAAAAAGUGUCUGGGGGCCGGAAUAUCUAUUUUUAGGAACGCUAAUAAAAAAAAUUGACAAUAAUUUCUGAUUAAAUGCUAAAAUCGUUAUGACACACCGCCUUAAAAAACGGAAUUGUAAAUGUUUCUAUGAGUGAUAAAGCCCUGAAUAUUGACAACAUAUGAACGUCACACCCCCUCUCCAUCCGAAUAUUUAAAAUUUCGAGAAAAAAAAUGUCUGGGGGCCGGUAUUUUUAUUUUUAGAAACUCUUAAUACAAAAUCUGACAUUAUUGUCUGUUUGAAUGCUAAAAACAUUAUGACAGACCGCCUUAAAAAACGUGAUUUUACAUUUUUCUAUGAGUGAUAAAGCACUGAAUAUUGACAACAUAUGAACGUCACACCCCCCCUCCCCAUCCAAAUAUUUAACAUUUCGAGAAAAAAAUGUGUCUGGGGGCCGGUAUAUCUAUUUAAGGCGAUCUAUCAUAACGUUUUUAGCAUUCAAUCAGACAUUAUUGUGAGGUUUUGUAUUAGCGUUCCUAAAAAUCAGAUUUCGUGUCCUGAUAAGGCCCCUUCCGUGGCAGAUCAGAGAAACCCACACCUCUACAGCGCAUUCCAUCGCACACACUAAAAAUCAGAUAAAACGGCUCCCAGACACAUUUUAUUCUCAAAAUUUGGGCCCCCUAAGUCAAAAUAAUUGCCCAGGCCUGGACUAUGGUCAGAAUUAGUUACUAUGGUAAUGUAAUUAGUUACUAUGGUAAUCUACGUCACAGCAGCUCAGAAGAGGCAGCCAGCAGUGUGUGCGGGGAGCGUUUCCACAGAGUGUCAGCCUGAAAUGUGGGUGUCAGCGACAGAUUAUUUUUACAACAAAGUUCUUAAGUUUAGUGAUGUAUCAGAUAUAACAGAUUGUAGUUUUUUUUUUUGUUGUUUUGUUUUUAGCCUUUGUGUUCAUAUGUCACUGUGUUUAUUGCAUUUCGCUUGAUGGUAAAAUAUGAGGAUGGAGAGUGGGUGUGACCUUCAUAUUUUGUCAAUAUACAGUGUUUUAUCCUUCAUAGAAAAAUUUUAAAUUCCAUUCUGUUUUUUAAGGCGGUCAGUCAGGUUCAAACACUGAACCAUCUAUUAAACAAGACAAAAAGCAAGGAAUCAAACAGAGACAAGAUUCAAUUUAGCUCAUGAGGAGAGCAUGUGGACCUGCACCCUCGUACAGUGUCACCCCACGCCCUGAGAAAAAAGUUCCAUGCCUCCCCAUUUAUUUGGACAUUCCCUGAUUACAUAUGCAGACGCUUCUAAGAGGACGGGUCUCAUUACGCAGCAGCUGCAUUGAGUCAUAAGCCGUUAAAACAAAAGGUGCUUGGAGGUGUGUCGGGUUUGCCCCCCUUUCUGCAUGUAGAUUUCGGGUUCUGACAAGGCCCUUCCCGUGGCUGUCCAGAUCUGAGAAACCGAUACUUUUACGGCGCAUUCCAUCGCACACACUAAAAAUCAGAUAAACCGGCCCCAGACAUAUUUUUUACUCUAAAUUUGGACCCCCUCCCCCAACUCAAAAUAAUUGCCCAGGCCUGUUUUAAAUUGAUACAUGUGUGAAUAGCACAUGUACUGUAAUGACGAAAUGAACAAGUCGCUUGAAACUCACAUUAUUUUUUAAGCUGCCAUUUCCUUGAAUUGUUAUUAUAGCAUGAACAUUUUUUUUAUUUUAUUUGACACAUUCCUCAUCAGAGUGGGAGAAAAGACUGCAUUCACGCGUGUCAUUGAACACAUCACGGCUUUUCUAAUAUCUGGGUUUUAGAUCCUCCGGGCUACGCACAAUGUACAGAUCUGGAUGGCUCAAAUUGUGUUUUUUUUUUUGUUUUUGUCGGUUGCGAGCUUCCUUUUUUGUUCCAGAUUUCAGAUGCAAUCAGAGGUGUAAGUAGCAAGCUCUGUGUGCUCUCACAAUUGGAGACUCUUCAUGGGAUUUAAAAAGUGUGGUUGAUAUAAAAAAAAAAAACUCUGUUAUUCCUGUGCCUUAGGCCAAUGGAAACAUUUGAAGUAAAAUGGCCUAUCUGGAGAGUGGAGGGAUCCACCAUGACUUCCCCCCCCCCCCCCCCCCCCGCCCCCAUGUAGACCCCUUGUCCUGUUUUCCUUGCCAUACACAAUCAAAUCCUUCAUUGAACCCACAACCCCGCGGAGAGGUUGUACCAACUGCUGUUCAAGACUACUUUUCUAGGUCAACUUAUUCAAGCUUUAUUACGAAGACUAAAACUAUGUGUAUUCUUGACUUUGUGUUAUGUCCUGUGUAGAAAGUGAGAAAUCAUACAUUUCGUUGAAAUGUAGGCAUAACUAUUUAUUAAUUGUUAUCUUGGGGAAAAAUACUGUAAUAAAUGUUUUUUUUUUCCACAUGUA